AUGAGCGCACACCAAUACCGCUACGAGCACGUCCCGGGUCUCUUCCACCUCUCGACAUGGGACGAGGACAUUGACUGCUCGUUUGGUCUCGUGCCGCCGAGCUGGGAGGCGUUUGCGAAAGAGAUCAAUGCCCUCGAGACGACCGCGGCACCGGGUGAACGUAUCCGUGUCAUGUACACGGCGCGCCACGGCGAGGCAGAACACAACGUCUUGUCAGCAAAGUACAACCUGCCAGAGAAUGUCGAAGCUUUCGAAGCUGUGGCCGCUGGCGAGUCACGCGACCGGGUGUCGCCGGGCCGUGGAUGCUGGGUUGCCUUCCUCGUGCACCCGCCAACCACUCUGGUCCAGGACCAAACCCACCCCAUCACCGACCCGCCCCUCACCGCCCGCGGCCGCGCGCAGGCCCUCCAGCUCAGCGCCACGUUUGAGCGCGAACACACACGGGGCAUGCCCUUGCCCACGCGCUUCUUCGUCAGCCCCAUGCGCCGACCGGGCGAGACGUGCGGGCUCGAGUGGUGCUGGAUGUUUUCGCAGAGCAGGUCCAACGGUGACGCCGCGAGUGCAGGGGCUGGGGCUGGGAGCGACGCGGGUUCGACGGUGUGCGAGUGCCACGAGCAAAGAAAACCCAUGGUCAACGGCGUUGGCGGUCAUGGAGCGGGGAAGAAUGGGUUCCCAAAGCAUGUCGAGCGCGGGGAGGGCAGUGACUGGGGACAUGGGGUGCCCGGCGAGUGUAUCGAGGAACUCCGCGAGCACCUGCACGUCCACCACUGCGACGAGCGCCUGCCAACGUCCCAACUCAAGGCAUUGUUCCCCACGUUCACUUUCCCGUCAUCCAUGCCAGAGGAGGAUACCGUGUGGCGUCCGCUCAGCGUCCGCGGCCGCGAGACAGAGGACGAAAUGGUCGCUCGUGCAGGGCGGGGGUUGGCCAUCUUGAUGGACAGCUUGCGGGAUGAGGAUACGUACGUCUCCCUCACAGCCCACUCUGGUCUCUUGCGCGCAGUGUACAAGAACCUCGGGGUGCCGUUACGCAGACUGGCGACGGGCGAGAUGAACGUCCUCGUCGUGCGCGUCAACAAGGUCGCCGCUGUCUGA